ACUAUAAUUCCCAUAAUGCUCCGCUUCAUUGGCAUUAAUCCUCGAUGUAAACAGAAGUGAGAACAAAAGUCUGUGCUUUCAGGAUUUCUGCUACAAUAAUCUCAGAUAUGGAACUAAGACAGUCUUGCUAUAUUAAUGCUUAAUUUGAUCUACUGUUAACGUCCUGUAUGUGGCUGGGCCUGUAGCCUGCACUGUGUUGGGCACGAUCCCCCGAGCCAGGCGGGCUUCUGGGACCGCUUCCCAAAAGCCACACCCAGCCCACUGCUCCCCUGACCCACUGUUCCUUAUGCUAACCCUUCUGAGCAUGUUUUACUAUAUCUGUCUGCGGCGCCGGUCCAGGAGCGGAACUCGGGGUGAGGCGCUGACCAGCAGGCGCGCCGUGGAGUCAGGCCACAGGGCUACCCUGCCCAUCAGCGUGGAGGUGGAACAGUAUGCCAAAGAGGUGCUGGACUUCAGCUCCCACUACGGCAGUGAGAACAGCAUGUCGUACACCAUGUGGAACCUGGCCGGCAUGCCCAACGUCUACCCCAGCUCUGGGGACUUCACCCAGACGGCCGUGUUCAGGGCCUACGGGACGUGGUGGGAGCAGUGUGUCAGCGCGCCACUGCCCUUCCGCCGCACGCCCAAGGCCUUCCACAGCCAGGACUACAUCGAGCUGGCCUUCGAGGAGCCCGUCUACCCCACAGCUGUGGAGGUGCUGGAGACCUACCACCCGGGGGCUAUCGUCCAGAUCAUGGCCUGCUCCCUCAACCCCUUCUCCCAGAACCCUCCCACCGACGUCCGGUGGGAGGUGUUGUGGGCUGAGGAGCCCACCAGGGUGCUGACUCCCCAGGCCAGGCAGUUCUCCCCCAGCAUCACGCAGCUGAGCUUCCCCACCAACUUGAUCCGCGUGGAGGUCAACAGCUCCCUGCUAAAGUACUACACGGAGCUGGACGCCGUCGUCCUGCGCGGCCAGAAAGAGAGGCCCAUCCUCUCCCUUUAUAAGAUGCCCAGAAUCGACAUCUGUGACCUGAGUGACAGCGAUGAGGAGCUGUCUGACCCGGGAGUCUCCUUCAGACAGGCCGGGGAUGGCAAGCACAUUAACCUAGGGAAUGGAUACUUUGAUAAACUGCCCUACGAGUUGAUCCAGCUGAUAGUUAGCCACUUGACCCUGCCCGACCUGUGUCGCCUGACCCAGACCUGUAAGCUACUCCACCAGCACUGCUGUGACCCCCUCCAGUACAUCCAGCUGAGCCUGCAGCCAUACUGGGCUCGCCUCAGUGACACCUCCCUGGGCCACCUGCAGGGCCGCUGCACCCUGCUUCAGAGGCUCAACCUCUCCUGGACCGGCAACCGUGGAGCCCUCACCCUCACCGGCUUCAGCAGCUUCAUGAAGGCGUGUGGUGGGAGCCUGGUGUGUCUGGAGCUGUCGUGUUGUCACUUCCUGAGUGAACCGUGUCUGGAGGUCAUCUCCCAGACGUGUCCCGGGCUGCAGGAGCUCAACCUGUCCUCGUGCGACCGCCUCCACCCGCAGGCCUUCACACACAUCUCCAAGCUCACCCGCCUGCGCCGGCUAGUGCUCUACCGCACAAAGAUAGAGCAAACAGCCAUGUUGAGCAUCCUAACCUUCUGUAUUGAGCUGAGACACCUCAACCUGGGGAGCUGUGUGAUGAUAGAGGACUAUGACGUGGUGGCCAGCAUGCUGGCUGUCCGCUGCCGCUCACUGCGCUCCCUGGACCUGUGGCGCUGCAGAAACCUGACGGAGCGUGGCCUGGCCGAGCUGGCUGCAGGAUGCAGAUUACUGGAGGAGCUGGACCUGGGCUGGUGCUCCACACUGCAGAGCAGCUCGGGCUGCUUCCAGCACCUGGCCCGCAACCUGCAGUGCCUGAGGAAGCUCUUCCUCACUGCGAACCGCACCGUGUGCGACUCGGACAUUGAGGAGCUGGCUGCCAACUGCCCCGCACUGCAGCACCUCGACAUACUGGGCACCCGGAUGGUAAGCUCCUCCUCCCUGAGGAAGCUGCUGCAGGCGUGUCCUAAGCUCCUCCUCCUGGACGUGUCCUUCUGCGCGCAGGUGGACGCCCGCAUUGUCCAAGAGCUCUGCGGACUCUUCCCCAACGUGGCCAUCAAGAAGAGCUUUACCCAGUGACCUCACCCAGCCACACCCUCACACAGGGACACCGACACAGGGACACCAGGGGGAGGCACUACUUUUGACUAGUGGGGUGGAGUAUUACUGGAUGCCCAGUGGGUAGAAUGAAUUGGUCUGAUGGCUGAGAGCACUGAGGCCUAUUAUAAUAUGGAUUGAAUGGUUAGGAGUGUUGUGUUGUGGUGACAUGAGCAUCAGCUGAACACCUCACCUACAUCUCAACAUAGUCUCCUCAUGUUAAGCCGCUGAAUGCAAGAGAGAGUCUUGAGAGGAGAAACUGGUUGAGAUCAGGGUCACGGGUGCCAAAGCCGCUAGAUUUCAUCGUUGGUCAGCCUAGUAACUGACACAUCUGGUGGUGGCUGCUUGUCAUCUGUCCACCCCUCCUGUGACGCAUUUGUAAAAUGUCUGACCUCAGUGUUGCAUCUGAAUCUGAAAUCUCAGGGUUUUUAUCUUGUUCAUAUUGUUAAAUUAUUAUAUAUUUUUGUUCAGAAACCAGCUGAAGAGCCUCCUUUAUUCUGAGAGAAACAUUUGAGUCCUGUUUGAUUUGAUUUGAUUUGUUCUGAGACAAUGAAAAUUCUGGGAAAACCUUACAUUUGGCACUAAUACUGAGACAACAUUUUUGGGGUGUAUUUGAUGUUGAAUAUUGUGGAAAUUGUAUGAUUGUAAAAUGAUAUCACUAUCCUUAAUUAUUUAUUGAUCUUGUAAUAUAUUAUUGCACAUCCCCAAUGCUACGUUAGCAUUUCCUUUAAACUGAGACUCAGCGAUACGAGCAGCAGUGUGAAACAAAGAUAUUUAGGAAUAAACGCUAUACAAUAGGCUGUACUUGUGAGCACCCACAGUCCCAUACAGAGCAUCUUCGCAUGUGCAUGGGAUGCCGCUUCACUCUCCUGCAAAUGUGAUAGCUGAGGGACAACUACUGCGGAGUAGAUUAGCCUCUCGCUUCACUCUCUUUGUUGUUGGGGAUAUCGGCCUGAUAUGCAGCUACUGAAAUUUGUAUAGCUGAAUCUACCUUUAAGCAAACUUGAAGUUUUGAGCAGUAGCUAGCUAGUAUGUGAGGUAUUUUUGUGCCUUAUAUUCAUGACUGAAUGUGGUGUCUAUGUGUCAGUGAUUGUAAUGCUUUGCUCCCUGCCCUCUACCAAAGUUCCCAUCAAAUCCCAGGUCCCUCACUAUAGCUUUAUUUGACCAGUGAAGAAACCCGUGCAGAUCUGUCAUCUUGAUUGACAUAUGCAAAGCCAUAUUUAUUUUUAAGCGGAAUCUUAUCUCCAUCUUUCAAUUCCCUUUUUUAUUAAGUGGCAGUUAUGUGAAUGUCUGCUUUUUGGAUUACAUUUUAUCUUAUCUGUGGGAACAUGGUCUGGUCACACUCAAAUCACUAAAGUAACCUGCACAGGCAAACUAUUGAAAAACACAUAUUAAUGUUAAGACUCGUACAACGAACACACACAAUGUCAUCCUGCUACACAAAUCUAGUUUCUCUCCUUUGUCCGGUCACUAGCUGACCAAAGUCACCACAUUUUUCACGACAUUGUAAUGGUACUUUUAUUUAGAGGCAUUUAUUUAUGUGGACCUGCUAUUUUUGCGUUGAUUGACCUUUCCCAGUCAGUUUUGGAUGUGUGUGUGUGUGUGUGAGGUCAAACUUUGUGCCAUUUGUAGAACCUUUUUAUAAUGUACCCUUAACUAAGUGUGAAUGUCAGGUGUGGUGUCCUCAAGACUCACUGGCAGAUAACCACUCUAAAGUAUUGAAAAGGUUGCAUCUGUACUAUGACGAAACUGUGUGCUUUCAUUUUAAAAUAAACUGAAGGUUUAUGUCCGUCCAA